UUAACACGCGAUAAAUGUCUGCAAACUGAAAACUACUCGAGAGAUAUACAGUCGUGGCACUGAACAACACACUGAGAUCAUGGAACUUGUCCAAGUAGUGUUCGAAACGCCCGCCCCGCGAUUCUCCCCUGACCAAAGGCGACACGGAGCUCCACACUGACCGCUGCCUCUCAAACUGGAGACUGUACAAAAGAGAAAAGAUUUAUGGUGGACUGCAGGAUCUUACUAUGUGGAGAUACAUCUCAUUCAUUGCUUUUUGGGGCAUGAUAAACUUGUAUUCAUCAACCCACGAGGACGUUUGUUGAUUUUACAAGAACCCCUUCAAACUGGGACGCCUGAUUGGAAUAAGCCAGCAGGAUUCGGGGGGUGAAGGAAGGGAAGAGGGAUUAGGGGCUUAUCCUGGACAUGACCAAACAUUAAGGAGCCUCCGUCAAGCCAUAGGCUACUAUUGCCCAGAUUAUUACAUUUAAUGUAUUGCCUUUUAAAGACCCUUUAUCUCCCCCUGGAGAUUCCUGGCGAGUGGGCCGCUGGAUUUGAGUAUCUUUAAAAACAAAGGAUCAGGAGCAGAGGCCAGUGGGAGUGGAGGAGCAUGAGGAGAGUAUACAUGCAAGGAUAAAGCAACAAGCCUCCCUGCCGCUUUACACUUCAGCAGGGUGCAGGUCAAGUGUUACUGAAUGAACUUGUAUUGGGAAAGCAUGCGAUCACAUUGAUUACACAAGUCUGAUUAAGAGCAUGUAGCAGCAGACUCUCUGGACCUUACUAAAGAAGGAGCACAUGGUUUCAGUCCUAAACCACAUAUCUGCAGUCUGAGCUGAAUUUAUUUCUGAACUGAUUUUUUUUUCAAAAGCACAAACCUAGAACAACUGUGAAGCCCAGAAUCUUUGACCACAUAUGCAGCAGAGGUUUUCAGGAAUUGGAGUCAUGCAUAUUUUCAGCUCACAUUUAUCUUCACAGAAUCUUUCUGGAUAUGAACAAAGACCGAUGGCCAAAACGGGACAUAGCUGAAUGCGUCUGCCUUUUGAGAAACUUUCCACUCAACUGCAGUUGUUAUUCUGCUGAGAUAUUUUGAAGUGUAUAAUUUGCUUUCUUACGGUGUUCUCACCAUUUUUUUAAACAAAUUUUACUUUUUGUACCCGGAGACGCUAUGAACUUGGGCAAGCUCGCCGGCCUGAAGGGCCUGGUUUCCCACUCCUCAGGAAAGCGUCGAUUUAAAGGUGACCUCACCCCAGACAUGAUCAGCCCCCCAUUGGGCGACUUCCGCCACACCAUGCAUGUGGGCCGUGGGGGGGAUGUGUUUGGGGACACCUCGUUCCUCAGCAACCAUGGUGGAGCAGGAAAUAACGCAGAUGGAGACUCUUGCACUUCAGAGAAGAAUGAGGGAUUCUUCUCCCGCACGCUUCGCCAUGUCCGCAAGACCCCCGACAGGCCUCGCGGCGACUCCAAGGACCUUUCACCCCCACCUCCAAUCAUUUCUCCAAUCAUAAAGAAUGCCAUUUCCCUCCCCCGGCUGGACGUGGACUCACCCAACGGCUGUCCUGUGAAAGUGCUUUUCACUAGUUCACCCAAAACACCAGAGAACUCCACAUACUUGUAUGGUUUGGAGUCUGGCUUUGUAACCUUGCCGAGACUGUCCCGCACUGAGCGUCCAGCCCAGGGCAGUUCUCCCUCAGCCUGCCUGCCUGAAAUCCACAGAGGCUCGCUCACGGACACGGGUAUCCCGUCCUUCCCCUGUUCAGACUCCAUCAGUCCUUCUGACUCCAUGAGCUCCUUCACUCUUGAUUUGGGCCCUUCCCUCAUGUCUGAAGUCUUUGCCAUGAUUGACAGCCCUGUGUGUGAGAAGGCUGAUCCCAUCAGUGAAAAAACACAGUCCACCGAUGACAACUCUGAGGUGGACUCAGACGCAACCACAUCUUUGGUGGACUCUCUCCUGAGAGAAGACGAUGACGGUAGGACACGGUUAUAUGGAGGAGAGUGGAAGCAUUCAGACUUUGUAAAUGGUGAGUCACCCAAAAAAUCCAUGCUGGGGGAUCGGAUGCCAGAGAGUUUCCAGAGGGCUGCUGAUGUGCUGGCACGUCAUUAUGGGAGUGGAGGACUCAGGAAUACAAACACCAACAACUCUCAUAGGAGAGGACCAUACAGCUAUCCUGAUGAAGAGGAAGAAAUCAAAGUCUAACACUAUGAGAUGCCUAAUGUCCAAAUCGUACAGCACUUUUAAAGGGAUACUUUAAAAAUCAAAAAUGAACAUUCUGUCAUAAUUGACUCAGCCUCAUGUUGUUCCAGACCUGUUUCUUUCUUCUGUGCUAUAAUAAAAAGAUUGGCACAAAAUGCCACUCUUUUCAUUAUAAUGUAAUUGAAUGAGGACUGGGCCUAUCAAGCUAAAUAAUCAUAAAAAAGCACCAUGAAAGUAUCAUAAAUGUAGUCCAUAUUUUUCUGAAACCAUUUUUUUUAGCAUACUAUGAGGAACAGACCAAAGUUCCCAAAAGUCAUUAAUAUUGAUAAUAUUCUGUUCCUCUGGACUGUGAACUGGAUCAUUGAGUCACUCGCGAACCAAAUCAGUUCUGGUUCGAUUUGUGAACGAAUCAUCCAGACUGGUUUUCUGUACUUGAUAAACUGAUUCAUUGAAAAGAUAGUUCAAUGUUGUUUGGUUCCCAACAUUCUUCAAAAUAUUUGGUUCUGCAGAAGAAAGAAAUGCUUGGAAGGUUUGGAAUGAGAUCAGGAUUUUCUUUUUGGGUGGGGGGUUCUUUAAUAACAAUGAAAUAAUAAAUUGUAAAUGUAACAAUAAUGAAAUUUGUUCUGUUCCUCACAGACAGCUAUGGUAUGACUUACAACCCACAAGUCCACGGGAUUACUUUUGUUAAACUUUUGGUGCUUUUUUGUCAUUUUGGAGUUUGGAGUUUACAGUUCUCAUUCAGACUCAUUAUAUGGAAAAGAGCACCAAGGAUAUUCACCUAAAAAUUUUUGUUCCACAAAGGAAGGUCAUACAAGUUCAUAAUGACAUUAUUUUUUGGAUGCACUAUUUCUUAAUUUUUUUGAAAUGGGGAAAAUGAAAGAUAAUUACUUGUUAUUUGCCCUUACGCUCAUGGUAUUUUAAAGAAAGUAUCACAAAAAAGAACAGGAAAAAAAAAAAAAACAUCAGAAUUACCUGCAAUAUGAGUAAAUCUAUCAAUUUUCUAAUUUAUUGGACAAGAACAUAAACGAAUUUUGGCAUCUCAAAUUUUCACCUAUGUUUGAUCCUACCUUCUCAUUCCUAAAAUAUUAGAUUUGAUCCAGGAAAAUAAAACCUGCCACAGUUGCUCUGUAAUGCACAAUAAACACAGCUAGCUAUACAGUGGUAACAAUAUGCCAUUAAAAUAUGCAAAAUUUUAGUUUACAGUAUUUAGAUUUCAAGUAAACCUCUAUCGUAUGUAAUGUACAGUGAUACCAUGUAGAAGUACAGACAUAUAUACCUGCUAGCUAUCUUGUAUCUAAUACACAAAACACUUUGCAUUUUGCAUUCAUGUAGUUUUAAUAGCUCAUAUUCCCAUUGUGAACAUUGUGUGGCAGUUUAAUUUUUUUUUUUUAUUAUUUCCUGAGAAACCAGCGAUCUUUAAAAGAUAAGACGAAGACCCACUGGUUACUGUGAUGUGCUUUAUGUUUUCACAUUAGCACAAACAAAACAGAUAAAAUAACCAUGACUUUCAUUUUUCUUUCCUUUAUUACAUGAUAAAUAUCUUAAGAUCAACACAGUAAUAUUAUAUGAUGCCCAACAACUUUUAUCAAUGUAUUAUGAAAUUAAGAUUAAAUAUUAAUAUGAAUUUUGUUUGAAUUUAAGUUUUAUUAUGACAGAGUUAACCUCUCCAUUCCCUUAAUCACAAUAUAAUAUGUACAUACUGUACGUAUGUGCGGCUUUGCACAAGAAAUUUACAAAAUAGCAAUGUAUGUUACCUAUCAAUGACGGCAAUAAAGUUUUCAUUAAAAGAGGCUAUGAACAACAUCAGCCUUAAAAUGCUUUAACAAGUGUGAACAUGAUUUUACUGUUAUGGCGUUUCAAAUGUCAUGCUUUCAGUAUAAGCAUAUAUACAGUAUAUAUAUAUAUAUACUGUAUAAAUAUCUAAUGUGAAGUGUGUCAGUACGCCUUAAACUAAAACCAAAGAAAGUCAGAUUGUACUGUGUUAUAUUUGUGUUUGACAGUUCUUAAAACCCGUAUCUCUAGAGCUGAUCUAAGAUACUAAAGGAUAACCAAAAAUACAUAUACUUUUGUUCAAAGGCUUGGG